CUUUGGUCUUGCCUUCUGGGCUCCGAACUGGCUUCCUCCUCCUUCUCCUUGUCGUCCACCCACUUUCUUUUCAUUCAGGCGCUUGCCAGGCGCAAGUCGAGGCUCUCUCAUUUAACAAGUUCAUUACAUUGAAAACCCCCGACCUGGCUCGUCGACUACGCUGAUAGUUACGCCUGCGUAUCAAGAUGGUGUCGACUGCAGCUGGGGCUUCAAGUUCAAUAUCCUCCUCCUCGACCGGUCAUAGGGAGAGCGUGGCGGAAGAACGACCGCAGGCGGGUCCGUUACCGUCCAAACGGGGAGAGAUAGGCUACAGCGAGGAUAUCCAUGGUCAAGCUCAACGCUCGGAAGACGGCCAUUCCGUCGUGGCCCUGCCCGCCCGACAUCCGGCAGACCGAGACGCGCCCCCUCCAGCCGACGCUGCUCCUGUGUCGGACGACCCCGGCGCUCUGACCAACAUACCCUUGAACGACUCGAACAAUCCUUCCUCAUCAAACCCCUUGAACCCCCCUGGAGAAAACGCCAGCACCGAUGGUCACGGUGCUGCAUCUGUCGCGGAUAACACGUCCACCCACUCCAAAAGAUCCAUCAUCUCCUUCUUCACCCGCCGGAAGGCGCCCAAGUUCGGCGGCAUGCGCUUGAUCACCCUCAUCCGGUUCACCUUCCAAGUGCUCCUGAUUGCGGGAGUUAUCGUGGCCUGGGUCAUACUCGCGAAGGAAUUGCCGAAACGCCAGCAGAAAGAUCAACAGUCUUCCUCCGACAGCAGCAGCACCUCCAAUAGCGGCAACACCUUGCCUAUCGGUGGAAGCGCAACUGCAGGGAUCUUCAUCCACGUCGCAUUCGGGGUGGCGACUCUCGCACAGUUCCUGUUCCUGGAACGCACCGUCUUCCGCCUCCGCGCCGAACGCUACAUGUACAAACACCCUGGCGAGGUCCUCCCCCGGCACAUGCAUCGCGAGAUGGCGUCUAACCCGUCGCUCGCGUUCGCGCCCUGGAACCGCCCGCCGCUGCCGACGUACGCCGCCGCGCUUGUCGAAAGCGGGGUCGGCACGGGCGACGUGGAGGACAGCAUCAUCGCGCGGCAGGGGCCGCCCCCGCCCGCGUACGGCAAGACGCGCGGGAGCACGCUGCUCCUCGCCGGGUCGAUGACGGAGGCGCACCGGAGCAACCUGAUGAUGUUCAGGCGGGACAGCGAUGUGAGCACGCUGCGCGCGGAGGAGGGGCGGAACCGGGUCGUGGAAGGAGGGUUGCGGGUUAGUCAGCUGAGCGACCGGCCGAGCAGGCCGGUGAGUUACAGGAGCGUGGACGAGGACUGGAACGAGGCGGUGGAUGCGGCGAGGGCGCGGGCGUUGGAGGAGACGCUCGCGACGUUGGAGGAUAGUCGACCUGCUCCUGCUGCUCAGAGGAGAUGAGACCGUUGGCUGCCGUUCAACCUGCUCCUGCCGCUCUCGCGUCCAUCCUUCAGCACCUGAUGGCGCAGUUGAUCUACCGUUGUUUCUUGGACUACAUUUACUGUACCACCAUCCACUAUUCUUGCUCUUCAUUUAUACCGAUUUAUUGUUUGUCUUAUGUAAACGAUGUGAUGGUACUUGAUCUGAUCGCGCUCAAACUACGAUGGGGUCUCUGUAUUUCGCACACAAUUCUAUCCGUGCAUUGCACUAGGGCCGCAGGGCAUGCGCAGUAUAUACGUACAUAUGUUUGUAAUGCGCAGUAUAUAUGUUUGUAGUCUACUCG